CUUUUAUUUUUGAAAAAAACAGCCGGAAGUCUUUGUCUGACUAACAAUACACCUACACUGCUUGAACUUGAAGCGCCUCCUCGAGUUUCUUUAAUUAUUAAACUACGCUUUGUUAUUUCUGAUAAACAGUAUAUAUACAAAUUCAAGGUGGGGACAUCAAAAACAAAUUAUUGUUUGUUUUGCGACGGUUUAACUCCGUUUUGUGACCGGAAACGCUGCUGUCUGAUACCGGAAGCGCUGUGUUUCCGGUUCCAGACGCGCCAAAAAUCAAAACAAGACGGAGUUUGGUUUUUUUUACACUUUCGUACUAGUUUUUCCCGAGAGAGAAAUAACUGAAUAAAAUACAGACAUGGGCACAACGGCAACGUAAACGACUGGACUGUUUGAUCGAUGAGCCGCAGCUAAUGAUGGAUACAUGAUGAACCAGCAGCCCUGUGGGUGCAAUUAAUAGUCCCAUAUUAGUGAUUAAUAAGCACUUGAGGAUGAGUAAGUGGGGCGACCGACUGAAGAAGGUUGAGCAGCUCGCUCAGUCCUUCCAGCUGAAACCUCUGGCAUCACGCUACAAACCUCGACUGUGGCCAUGCCAGCCGUCCUCCGUGUGGAAGCUCUUCCCUCGGCAAAGUAUGGCGAUCAGCUUCGCUCAGAGCUGCAAAGAGACCGUCCAUGUUUUUGCACUUGAAAAAGAAAACACACCGCUGGGUCAAAGGAUCUACCUGGUUACCAGUUACAGUGAGCUGUGGCAUUACUACAAGACUUACCCACAGUCGUUGAUGCACUGCUAUGAGGUGAUACCAGAGGGCACUGUUUGUAAGCUCUACUUUGAUUUGGAGUUUCAUAAGCCCUCAAACAAAGAGGCUGAUGGGCAAGCUAUGGUGUCUUCACUCAUCCAGUAUGUUUGUGACAAGCUGAUGGAAGUUUAUGGGAUUAAAUGCUCCUCAAACAACAUCCUCAAUCUUGACUCCAGCACAGAAGAGAAAUUCAGUCGACAUCUCAUCUUCAAUCUCCAGAAUGCAGUGUUCAAAGACAACAUACAUGUGGGUAGGUUUAUCCACGCAAUCCUCCAACCAGUCCUGAGCACACACAAAAGUGGAAGUAGCCUAAAUGAUGAGAUCAAUUCGGUGGCAGAAAACAACGAAACACGCAGAACACAUUCUAAUUCUGGGGAGAAGCCAUCAAAGGCAGGUGAGACAACUGAGAGUCCACAGGCCAAGAGACGCAAGUGGGGAGAGAGAGACCUCAAGUUCCUCCAGGUGAAAAACAAGGACGGCCAGGACUGCCUUUUUGUUGAUCUUGGUGUUUACACCAAGAACAGAAAUUUCCGCCUUUACAAGUCAUCAAAAGCUGGAAAGAACGCUGCAUUCACGGUGGCAGACGACAACAAGUUUAUUACCAAACGUGAGAAGGGAAUUUCUCCCGAGGAAAGUGUUUUCUUGGCUUCCUUGAUCUGUAAUCUGAGUUUCACAGGUCAAAAGAUUCUUACGUGGGACGUCCCGGGAACAAAGGAAGCCAAAACCUUGAGGCCUCACUGCGAGCAGGAAUUAGCCAAAGAUCCAGACUUGCUCUCUGGCUGCGAGUCGUCCCCUCAUCGCGAAGUGGACAGCUUUGUGUUAACUGUGGUUAAAAAGGAUGGAAUACAUGGAAGCAUCAGACGAUGGAACUACUUUGCUGCUGAACAACUGCUUGUGUACGACAUCGCAAAAUAUCGCUGGUGUGAAAACGUGGGAAGGUUUCACAAAAGCAACAACAUCAUGAUUGUUGUGGAUCUCAAAGAGGAAGUGUGGUACCAGAAGUGUCACGACCCUGAAUGCAAGAACUUCAGAUCCUCAAGUUACCCACUGCCUCCAGAGAUCUGCGUCAGCUACAUCAUGACACUGGAUGAUGAAGACCAGGCCUACUUAAUGGACGAUGCUGGUAACAUUGAACCCAGCCAGACAUCAAACCAGGCCCGGCAGAGUAGCGUGUGUCCACUGGGGUCUGCUGAUGUCUGGGGAGAUGGCCAGGAAGACCAGGACUAUUUAGAGAGCCUGGAGAACUUUGAACAAAACAACGGAGAUAUCUCUGAUGAGCUUCUGCUCAAAUGUAUGGCAGAUUUUGACUCACGGUAGACGGUGAGGUUCAUGUUUUUUUUGCACUGAUUGUAGAGGCAUAAAGUACACUUGGUUCACUUUAAGGCUCCAAUUUAGCAAUUCAUGAACAGCAUAUAAUGUGUAAUAAAAGAUUAAAUUAUAUUUAUUAAAACUUUAAGUGUCCUUA